UUAACGCUGCGGGAUACGAGUAACGAGCGGUCAGAUUCAGGGGGCUGUCUCCCUGGGUGCUCCACCGUAAUUCUCUGUCACCCCCCCCCGCCCUACAUUACCGCUACAGCUACACCGAGAGACCGAGCAGAAGAAGGAAGCAGGACGGCGACGCAGGUCGGCAGGUCGAUUUGGAGCUGUAGCCAGAGCCUGGUAGCAAACCAGAUCAAGACCGAGGUAUUGUGCAUGCACAGAUCAAUUCACCCCUUCUUUUAUCAGUCUUGCUGUUCAUCGAUGACGGUAGUGGAUUACAUUGACUUGGAUGAUGAUGCGUGUUUUGUGAAAGUAGAUUUUGUUGAUUUGAGCACUGACGAAGAUAGUGUUGAAAAAGAUGGCAAUGUUCCAGAAGAUGACAAUGUUGCUAGGUCUGAAAAUGUGGCUAAAGCUUCAGUAUCAUCGUCAAUUUCAGAAGAAGAUGCUAUUCCUAUGAUGCCCUUGUCAAAGUUAGAACAGGAGCAUGCUGCUACAGCAUCCUUGUCAAUUGUAGGACAUGGUGCUGCCACAGCCUCAGUAAUGGAAGAAGAGAGUAUGCAGCCUGAACAUCAGAAGUUUCUCACGACAAGCGAUGCUGCAAAAGAGGCCACACGUUCUGAAAAUCAUGGGCUUAUUGCAGCAGGUCAUUUGGUGGGCGAAGUUAUGCAGUCUGAACAUGAACAAGUUGCUGCCACUUCCAUGUUGUUGUCAAAACAAGGUGCUAUCACAUCGUCAUUAAAGGAAGACAGUUUCAUGCAGUUUGGCAAACAGGUGUUUGUUGUGGCGCUUGAUCACGCGAAAGAGGCUACACAAUCUGAAAGUACAGUGAAGGCUGCUGGGUCGCCGUCGAUGACAGAAAGAGGUACUACCUGCAAAGUUCACCGUGUGGGACAACUAUAUCAGAUGAUUGGAUGCCCUUACAUCAUAGGAGAUGGCUUAGAUUUAUACUCUUCCCAUGGUGGAGGCCACCCACAAGGUGAACCUGGUUCCAGCACACUACUGUGCACCAAAUCAGAAGUAUCAAUCAGGGUGAGAGGAGUUGCUGGGAAUGCUAUGGGCAGCACAGGAAUCAACAAUAUCCAUGCCCAGGAAAAACCAGAUCAGAACUGUGAUUUUGAGGCAGAAGCAGAAGCAGAAGCACUCUGCCAGGAAGUGAGCCAGGAUGUUUUUGCUAUGUCCCUGUCUCCUCAGGACAAAGAGAAGAAAAUCAUUCAGCUUAGGAAAUUCUAUGACAGGAAAGGAAAGAAACAAGUGAAUGCCUCUGCCACAGAACACAACAGGCAGUUGAGGAUUGUCCAUAGUAAUAGAGUGUUACCACCGCUGCACAAUGGAAAUGUCCUUAAUGGUGAAGUUGUGGUGUCCACCUACCAAGGAUGCAGGACAUCCCAAGGAAAUACAGUGCAUGACAAGGUCCACAACAAUGAUUCACAGGGCUGCAUGGUUGAAGGCUGUACAAAUGGUGCACAUGGAAGCACACCUCUAUGCGUUUUCCAUAAUUCAAGGCCGCACAAAAGGUGCUGCGCAGUUGUUGGGUGCACGAAGGCAGCAUCAUCAUGUAAAAGCAGUGUAGGCCGCACAGACCGUUGUAUUAAGCACGGAGGUGGCAAGAGGUGUAAAUAUGAUGGUUGUGGGAAAGGUGCUCAAGGAAAUACAGAUUACUGUAUUACGCAUGGCGGGGGAAGGCGAUGCAAGUCUCAAGGAUGCAGGAAGAGUGCGCAAGGGCGAAGUGAUUAUUGUGUCGAACAUGGCGGCGGCAGACGCUGCAAGUAUGAAGGAUGUAGCGAGAGCAGAACAUGUAUGAAAGGUUUCUGCUCUACGCACAUAACAUAUACUUUGAGUGGGAAUAAUUCUGGUCAUGAAAUGCUGCCAGAACCAGCACCAGCGUGUUGGGCCAAGAAAGCAGAACGAUCCAAAGGAAGAAAGUCUUGCUCAGUGGCUGGAGGAAGGGCUCAGAAAAGGCAGAACACCAAUGAUUAUGUGUUAGCAUUAGAAGCUUCAGUGUCAUCGAGACGGCAGAGGAAAAGGCAGAGUUUUAUUUGUUAGAACAGUAUGCAAAAGCACAGCAAACAACUCGCAUGAUGAGCUUGGAGAGUGGCCUCCCAGCAGGGCCUCCACUCCUACUACGGUACUGAAGUUCUGAUGGCGGAGGUUUACACCUGGAUCACAGUCCCCCUUAUUUUGUGAUGAGCUUGCUGUCAAGAUGGUAAAAGGCACAUCUAGUCCAUGAUGAAUAGCUGGAGUCUGAACUAUAGUUAGUCUGAACUAGUAGUAAGUAGUUAAAAUAACUACUAAGGGUAACAGGAGCUGAGACAUCUAGGCUGAAGAUAUUUUCACGUAAGGUAGAAACAAUCUCUGGGCUAAGCAAUGUUUCUGUUCGAACACAUGCGUAUGAAUUGGCUGCUUGUUUGGUUUGAACUGAGAUAUUCAGAAAA